AUGCGAGUUCCAGCCAACCCCAUCCUUCGGAAGGAGGAGAUCUACCGAGCGAUGGCCGGCGGAAAAUUGUUCUCGGCAAUGGACCUCCUUUGGGGUUUCUACCAAGUACGCCUUCGUGAAGACUCAAUCCCAUACACGGCGUUUGCCACUCCUGACGGACUUUAUGAGUACUUGGUCACGCCUAUGGGGGUUUCUAGUAGCCCUUCCUGUUUUAACCGGUUGGUGCUAUCCAUAUUCAGCGACCAACGUGCGUUCUGCCAAACCUACUUCGACGAUAUUUUCGUAUUUACACAGUCAGAGGAGGUGGGUGAUCACUUGGCUGCGCUCGAGAAGGUAUUCCAGCGUUGUGUCGAUCAGAACCUCUACACCAAGCUGUCUAAGUGUUCCUUCUGCGCGACAGAGAUACCCUGUCUCGGCGACUUCAUUGGACGCGACGGGGUUCGUAUGGACCCAGCUAAGUGCAAGGUAAUAACAGAAUUUCCGGUUCCUCGCACGAAACAUCAGCUCCAGUCAUUUCUCGGGACAUGCGUUUAUGUCUUACGCUUUUGUCGGGAUUUUGCGACGUUAGUAGCACCAUUGACCGAACUUACCAAAGGCAAAGCUAAGAACGACACCAUCAGUUUUGAUGAGACGCACAUGACCGCCUUUCGCGAACUCAAGUCCAGAUUGACAGCUCCUCCUGUUUUAGCACACCCUGAUUUCGCAUUGCCAUUUCAUGUUAGCAUGGAUGCGUCGGACUUCGCGAUCGGCGGAUAUCUAUUUCAGCGGGACGAACAAGGGGAACGCAUAAUCACUUAUGGAGGUCGAAAGCUGACUCGCGCUGAAGUCAUUUAUCCUACCAGGGAGAAAGAACUCCUCGCGGCGUUGCACGCCAUGCGAAUGUGGAAAGUAUACCUCAUUGAUCGACCAUUCUAUAUUAACACUGACCAUCACACGAUUGCUACGAUUUUGCAACAGCAAACGUGCUCUCAACGCUUGGCGCGCUGGUUAAACGAGCUGGCAUUAUUUCAGCCAAUGUUCCACUGGAUUGAAGGAACAUCCAAGGUUGUCGCCGAUAUGAUCUCUAGGACGCCUAUUUGGAAUGAUGGUAAUUAG